AUGAGUGAGCUGUAUAAAACGUUGGUCGGUGUCCAGCAGUACCAACUAUUUAGCAUGGAAGAAGGCAAGCCUGGUGUAGUUGAAUGUAGGAAGGGCCCGGACGACGAACCAGUUGAGCAGGAUCUACGACGGAAAAUCGACGAUGUAUUGACAGACAGCGUCAAAGUGAAUCGCAUGAUGGACCAUUUUGUGGAAAAGUUAAGCCCUCCGCCACCCAACGCCGAGAAAAUGGCGGACCUAUACAACAAGAUCCGCCCAUACGUGCCAGAAGAGUAUCAGGAGGAUUCGGUUUACGCGGCUCCAAGUAGACAGCAAGGGGACGAUGCAAAGGCUGCGAAACAAGCUCGUAGAGAGCACC